GCCUCGCUCCCUUCGGUAUUACUCACGGCGGGAAGUUGCCGCUGCCGUCUUCUCUUCGGACAUCACCGCGUGUUUGAGGGCUCAGCUCGCGGCAGCCCCCUUCCCCUUCCCCACCAACGGCCGCCGGCGCUGCUCCUUCUCGCUGUGGAUCUGAGCAUAAGGCGGGCGUGUGUGCGAUGGACGGCAUUGUCACCGAUCUUAUAGCAGUCGGUUUAAAGAGAGGAUCUGACGAGCUGCUUUCUGCUGGUAUUGUUAACGGCCCCUCUACCAUGAGCAAUUCUACUUUGGCUGCAGCUAAUGGAAACAACACAAAAAAGUUUAAAGGAGACGGAUCUCCCAAUCCUCCUUCUCGUGUUCUUCAUAUUCGUAAAAUUCCAAAUGAUGUUUCAGAAACAGAGGUCCUUUCAUUAGGUAUACCAUUUGGCAAAGUCACUAAUCUGUUGAUGCUGAAAAGCAAAAGUCAGGCUUUCCUUGAAAUGGCUUCAGAAGAAGCAGCCGUUACUAUGGUGAACUAUUACACUACAGUCACUCCACACCUCCGCAAUCAGCCCAUAUACAUCCAGUAUUCCAACCACCGGGAAUUGAAGACGGACAACUUGCCCAACCAAGCUCGCACCCAAGCUGCUCUGCAAGCAUUAAAUGCAGUGCAUACCAGUAAUAUGUCAAUGGCGGGCAGCACAGUUAAUGACGGGGCACUGCUUGCAGGCCAAAGUUCUGUCUUGCGCAUCAUUGUGGAGAAUCUCUUUUAUCCUGUUACUCUGGAAGUCUUGCAUCAGAUCUUUACAAAGUAUGGAACUGUGCUGAAAAUAAUCACUUUCACAAAGAAUAAUCAAUUCCAGGCACUCCUACAGUAUGCUGAUCCAAUGCAUGCACAUCAUGCUAAGCUGUCGUUAGAUGGGCAAAAUAUCUACAAUGCCUGCUGUACUUUGCGUAUCGAAUUCUCAAAAUUGACCAGCCUUAACGUUAAAUACAACAAUGACAAAAGCAGAGACUUUACACGCCUUGAUCUUCCUUCCGGCGACGGCCAGCCCACUGUUGACCCUCCUGUGGCCGCCGCUUUUGGUAAGGAAACUUCACUUCUAGGAAAUAAUUGUAUGUCCUACCUGAUCAGACCUUUCUCUGAAUAUGAACUGAAUUGGCUGAAGAAAGGGAGUGGGAGUGAAUGGCAACAACACUCAAUCUGGAGUGCACCAGGUAUCAUCUCCAGUCCUUAUGGUGCUGGUGGAUUUGGGCCUGCUGUUGGCUUCCCUCAAGCUGCAGGCCUUUCUAUGCAAGGAAUCCCAGGAGGACUUGGACAUCUUGGCCUUCCACAAGCUGCAGUAGGAGGUCGUCUAGCAAUGCAUGGAAUGGGCCCAGCAGUAAAUUCAGUCUUACUGGUCAGCAACCUAAAUCCUGAGAAGGUUUCACCUCACUGGCUGUUCAUUCUCUUUGGAGUUUAUGGUGAUGUGCAUCGUGUGAAGAUACUGUUCAAUAAAAAAGAAAAUGCCUUAAUACAGAUGGCAGAUGCAAACCAAGCUCAGCUAGCCAUGAGCCAUCUUAAUGGCCAGAAAGUGCAUGGCCGAGUUUUGCGUGUGACAUUGUCAAAGCACCAGAUGGUCCAGCUUCCUAGGGAAGGACAAGAAGAUCAGGGUCUGACAAAGGAUUACAGCAAUUCUCCACUUCAUCGCUUCAAGAAACCAGGGUCUAAGAACUUUCAGAAUAUUUUCCCUCCAUCAUCCACCCUACAUCUCUCAAACAUUCCACCUUCAAUCACAGAUGAGGACCUGAAGAACCUUUUUGAAAGUGCUGGAUUCUCAGUGAAAGCCUUCAAGUUUUUUCUGAAAGACCGUAAGAUGGCCCUUAUCCAGUUAGACAGUCUUGAAGAAGCAAUCCAGGCCCUCAUUGACCUUCAUAAUCAUGACCUUGGAGAAAAUCACCAUCUCAGAGUGUCCUUUUCUAAAUCCACAAUUUAAUAAUUCUUUUCACUAUAGACUGGGGACCACACAGGUGGUAAGAUAGCAUUCAGACAGAGACUGAAAACCAAUGACCAACCAUGCCUGCAAGAGAUGUUUAGAUUAAUGAUUUAAGUGGGACACAAAAAGUGGAGUUUCUCAUCUUGAGUGACUUUCCUUUUAUCUAUCUGUUGACUUCAAUUUAUACCAGUUUUCUUUAAUUUUUUUCCAUAAGUGCAGGUUUGUUGCAAGCAAUCAGCAGCCAUACAUGUUUAUUCACCUGUUAGUGGCUGGUUUAGUGAUUGAGAAUUUUUUUUCCAGAAGUUUACAAUCUUGGGAAAGGGGAAAAAAUCAGGUUUGAUCUACAUGAUUGUCACACUUUAAAAACAAAUAUUUUAGUAAUUUUCUUGGCAGGGGGAGAUUAAACAUCAUGGGUUUUCAUACCACUGAAGUUAUGAAAAAAUCAAUUAUUUACUGUGUACUUGUUUAAUUAUCAUGUGCCUUAUUAUCCGUUUACCAAUUAGAUUAGAAGCUUUUUUCUGCAUUUUCUUCAGUAUAUUAUGGAUUCUUUUAAAAGGGACCUUUUGUCAUUGUAGUUUUAGGUAAUUUUCUUUACACAUUUGGCGAUGUUGGAAAAUCUGCUACAUGCUUAGAUUUGAAUUACAAUUUAGUACACAGAUGGGAAUAACAAAUUUUCUUCCUCAUCAGGCAGACUGCUGAUCCAUGUUGUUUCCAUCCCAGUCAAGGGCUGCAGAUGUGCUACAACAAAGCUUCUGCAGGAGGCAUAAUUGAAUAAGUUUAACCAGUUGAAAAUGCCUGAAUAUUUUUUUUUGCUUUCCUUUCCCUUGAUCUACAAGAUGCAAAUAGCUUCAUUAUCUUAUCUGUGUGCUAAACUUUUUUAUGAUAUCUUUGAAUAUUUCAUUUAUUUCGAACUGUAGCUGUUAAGUUUAAGAAUGUUAAAUGUUGGCUUUUGUUUUGAGGGAAUUUUUGGCUUUUGAAUGUUUCAGUGUAGGUACUUUAAGUCCUCUCUGAACAUGUGUUUUUUUUAAUGUGAUUUUGUUAGACUCUAGCUAAAUAUCCAGCAAUUUGCAUUAGGCUUUUGUUUUAUUGAAUGAUCGCUGGACUAACUGCAAGUCUAGAAAACAUCUUUAACUCUUCCAUUCUGAAAGAAUACUUCAGAGCUACACAGACAUUGCAAAGCUGCAACUAAACCAUGGUUAGAACUAUUGAUUUAUUAAAUACAAGACUUUUUAGUCCCAUUCAAGUGGAAUUCUGAAGGAGUACACACUUGACAGAAAAGAAGAAAAUAGUGAAUGAUUCACUAAAAUAGGGAAUACAAGCUUUUAUUUCAGGGUUUCAGAGAGAAAAAAGGACCAAAGUUUAUGUGCCUUCAAUAGUCAGUUUAUUUUCUGUUCCCUCCCAUUUAACUUUUUGUCUUUAAAGCUAAAAUAGAAAUGUGAAUGUAGUUUCAAAUAUAAAAGGAGGCAGAAUGAGAGAAAUAGAAUAAUUUGUUUUUCCUUUGCAAAGAGGUGUUUAGUUUGCACCAGGCUUGAAAGAGAGAACACUAAAGGUCACUAACUUGUACUAAAUUGGAUUUUUUUCAGCACUGUCAUGCUGAGCAUUGAACCACUUCAUAAAAGAAGUGUCUUAAAAGAAUUUUCCAGAAUUGCAUAGUAAUUUCUUCACCAACAAAUUUGGUGCCCUGAGCCAGAAAUCUACCAAAGUUGCAAUUCUGUUUUCACCAUUCCCUACUUCAGUCUAAAGGGUGCUGCAUUAUGCCUUUGUUCUUAAAUACUGAACAAUAGUGUAGCAUUCAUAACAGUGAAAGACUUGUACUCUGUGCUGAAUUAAUUAACAUGGGCUCAUCCUCAAUGUGAGUUGCACCAUUGUCUAAGUGCUGGUGAAAUUUCCAUUAAGAGAGUUAAUAGACUGACACAGUGAGGUGUCACCUUCUCUUCUUCCCCCCCCCCCCCCCCCCAUUUAAAAACUUACCAUUGUAUGACACAGAAUAGGGAGAUAUAUGCAGUUGGUAUCCCAGAUUUGUGAUGUACUCUAGGUCAAUAUCAGACAUGUAAAUGCAUACAUUCAGUCAUGGGGGUUUUUUCAGCACCCUGUAUGACUAGGUUUGAGACCUGCAGUUUUGUUUGUAGAAUGUCAUUGGAAUGCUUCUACCUGAGUAGUUGAAAAAAGGUUGAAGCAUUUUCUGUGAAAUAUUUAAACUCUUUCAAGCUGCUUCCCUUAUGACAUUCAGUCAUCAGCAGGUAUAUAGGCUUUCCUCCCUGUUCCUUCAUGUACUUGAUCUGUUCUUAAAAUUCCUGCCUUUUUGAGUUUGUAAGAAUGUUCAGCAGACAAAGUGAAAAUGCUGUAAAUAUUUAAACAACUUUUUUUUAAAUGAGGUUUUUGGGAACAAGUAAAAGUACAAACUGGUUUUUAUAUGAAAACAUUGAUUGUCUUGUAUAUUUUGAUAAGCAACAGUACCAGGUUUCAUUUGUAAAGCAGUUUGUGUCAAAAGUGGAAGAAACAAAAUGGAUUCCAUUUCUGUUGAGAUUUGUUUUUAAUGCACAGAUAAUGAAAUAUUAAAAAUAAUAUUUUCUAA